CGCGUGCAUCCCGCCCUCGCGGAUCUGCCCAAGGUUGUCGAGGGCGGGCGUGCGGCCGAACCACUGAUCGAUACUAGUCGCUUGCAGAAGCUGCAGGACGAGGCCGAGAAGCUGCGCAAGGUGAUCGAGGAGAAGGAAGCGCGGAAGCGAAAGGGGCUGAGAGAGUGGGACCGGCUGAGCAGGGAGGUGGAGGUGGCAGGGUUGAGGAGUGAGUUGGCGGAGCGUGCGGUUAGAGAGCUGAAUGGGGAGGCAGAGGGCCAGGCUGCUUUCUGA